AUGUCAUCCUCACUUUGGCUGUUGCUCAUCUCGGCUGUACCAAUCGUACUCAGUUCACUCUAUACUCCACUCGAAAGCAAAUAUGAUCCAUCAGAGUUGCAAUUGGCCGAUGUGCAACUGCAUGAACGCUCGAAAGCACGGGUGUUAGCAGAUUUGCCCGGAACGAAGGAUGAACGAAUGCGACGAAUACCGCAUGUGAUAACACCACUGCAUUAUUAUGUACGAAUCCGACCAUACUUNAACGAUACGCAAUGA